AGCACGUUCAUGUUGACUGCACGUCUUCCCUGAGGACCGUAGACGACUCGCGGGACGUCAUGCGUCGCCUUCGAAGCUAGCAAAAACCCGACAUUUGCUAUAUCACUCCCGAAAAGCUACGCGAGAGCAAUGCCAUGCAAGAUAUUCUAGCCCAACUGUAUGAAGACGAGCAAAUCGCGUGCUUUCUCAUUGAUGAGGCACAUGUCACUCAGCCGGGGGGGAUUUUCGCGAUGCUCAUGCAGAGGCCACACGAGCUCGCCCUCGCGCUAACGCCUAAGGCGAAUGUGUCUCAGUUGUUUAAUCAUGCUCGUAUUACGCAUAAGUAUGAAUUCCGCUCGAUCGAAGCAUGGGCCCUCGAUAGCAAGCUCCCUCUCGAUUCCUUCAAAUCCGCUCUCGAUUCUUCAAGGCCUGCUCUCGAUUCUUCAAGACUCCUUCUCGAUCCUUCAAGACUCGCAAUCUAUCCUUCAACAGCCCCUCGCGAUUCUUCAACAGUCCCUCGCGAUCCUUUAAUACUGCUUCUCGAUCCUUCAACAAUGCCUCGCGAUUCUGGCUCGUGCGAUCUGGCUUGCCGAGUGGAUCGGCACUAUGGAGGUAAGAACCUGUAG